AUGGCCACGGCUACGGUCACGGUGAGCUCUAUUCUCACCACGACCAUAACAGCUGUUUCCUCCUCAGCAUCAGCCACGAGUACCAACGCAGCCACGCCACAGGGCGGUAUACUUGAACAUGUGCUGCCCAAUACCUACAGCGCCUCCAAUCCCAUCACGUUGUUUAUCAUACAGGCGGGCAUCAUAAUCAUUUUCUGCCGGCUCUUGCAUUUUCCAUUGUCGUAUCUGGGCCAACCUAGAGUCAUUGCAGAGGUGAUAGGCGGCGUCCUGCUCGGCCCGUCCGUGCUUGCGCGGAUCCCUGGCUUCAAGGAUGCCAUCUUCCCAACAGCUUCUAUGCCGGUGCUGAACAAUGUGGCUAAUCUUGGUCUUAUCUUAUUCCUCUUCCUGAUCGCACUGGAACUAGACAUCCGCAUGUUCACUGCCAACUGGCGGGUGGCUCUUAGUGUCGGUUUGGCCGGCAUGGUUUUGCCCUUUGGUCUGGGAGUCGCUCUAGCCUAUGGCAUCUAUCACCAAUUCCCUGGCGCCAAUGCCCUCAAUUUUGGCGUAUUUGCCCUCUUUGUCGGUACCGCAUUAGCCAUUACGGCUUUCCCUGUGCUCUGCCGUAUCCUGUCCGAGCUUCGGUUGCUUUCGUCCUCAGUAGGCGUGACCGUACUCGCAGCAGGUGUGGGCAAUGAUGUAGUUGGCUGGAUCCUCUUGGCACUCUGUGUUGCUCUCGUGAACAACAGCUCUGGCCUGACAGCUCUCUAUGUGCUACUGGUCGCUGUUGGAUAUGUGCUGUUUCUUGUCUUUGCCGUCAGGCCCGCCUUUCACUGGGUCCUGAGACGGACGGGCAGCAUUCAGAAUGGGCCAACCCAGGGUGUUGUGGCGCUGACACUUUUGCUCGUCCUCACAUCGGCCUGGUUUACUAGCAUCAUUGGUGUACAUGCCAUCUUUGGUGGUUUCUUGGUUGGCCUCAUUUGUCCGCAUGAUGGUGGAUUCGCCAUCAAGCUUACGGAGAAAAUUGAGGAUCUAAUCACGGUCUUGUUCCUCCCAUUGUACUUUGCUCUCUCUGGACUCAACACCAAUCUGGGCCUCCUGAACGAUGGCAUAACAUGGGGCUAUGUCAUUGCUAUUAUUGCUGUGGCCUUUGCUGGUAAAAUCGGUGGAGGCACACUCGCCGCCAGGGGAAUGGGGCUUGUGUGGAGAGAAAGUUUCACCAUUGGGGUUCUCAUGAGUUGCAAGGGUCUGGUCGAACUGAUUGUCUUGAACAUUGGUUUGGAAGCCAAAAUCUUGACACAGAAGACAUUUACCAUGUUUGUGGUCAUGGCGCUCGUCACAACAUUUGCCACGACCCCCAUCGUCAAGGGUCUCUACCCUCCAUGGUAUCAAAAGAAGAUUGAGGCAUGGAAGCGGGGAGAGAUUGACUGGGACGGAAAGCCGAUAGGUUCCGAGACUCCUACUGAUGAGGCCGCUUGUAAGCUGGAGAGCACAAAGAUCAAUCGUCUCCUGGUCUACCUGCGCCUCGACAGUCUUCCGAGCUUGUUCACUUUUGUUUCUCUGCUUGGAGAGGACAGAGAGGAUGCUGCAGCGACUCCCGAUGCGAUGCAGGGCGUUCAGAGAAAGCGUCCUCUGGAGGUACACGCACUUCGCAUCAUUGAGCUCACUGAACGUACCUCCUCGGUCAUGAAAGUCACAGAUACGGACGAGUUCUCGCGCAGAGAUCCCGUGGUCAACGCAUUCAAGACAUUUUCCCAACUGCACGACGUUGCUGUUUCCUCGAGUGUCGUUGUGGCACCAGAAGAUGCCUAUGCCCAGACUCUUGUCAGCAGUGCCUCUGACCAAUCGUCGGAUUUCGUUCUGAUCCCAUGGAGUGAAGUCGGAAGCAAUACUGAAGAUCAAGCCAUUCCCUUCCACGUGUCGUCAGAAGAUCGAUUUUCUGGCAGAUCCCACCUCGACUUUAUCCAGAAUACUCUUUCCAAAGCAGUCUGCAACACGGGCAUCUUCAUCGGCAAUGGUUUCAGCGGCAUUGCACCUGUUGAAAAGACGCGGCCGACUCUACCGCGAACCAAGAGUGGUGUCUCCCUGCGCAGCCUGCGACGGGAGGCUGCCCACCAACCAGUGGCGGACAAAUCGCAUCAUGUAUUCUUCCCGUUUAUUGGUGGAGAGGAUGACCGUGCUGCCUUGAAAUUUGUCCUUCAACUUGCAAAAAGCCCUCUUGUCAGCGUCACCAUCGCACACCUCAACUGGACAACGGAUUCGGAAGAAAUCACAACAGCCGAGACUUCGGCAGAAACCAAGGAGGCCAUUAGAACUGAAGUCACUGCCCAAGACGCGUCUCUCAUAUCCACGGUCCAGUCUUCGCUGCCGGAACAUAUUGCAAGCCGCGUCAGGUUCACCGAGACUUUCGUGUCCGCCAGCUCAGCGCUGACCAAGGCAAUUGAUCUCGCCAAGGAGAAGACGGGUCAGAAUCCGCGCAACGCCGGUGACAUCAUCAUUGCUGGGCGGCGUCACGCCUCAUUGACUGCCACCAUAGGCGAGGGCGAAAUGAGCAAGACGAUCGGUGUCCUGGGCGAGAAGUUUGUGCUCAGCGGCUUGAGGGCCAGCGUGCUGGUUAUACAGGCUGGCGUGGAAAGUAAGGAAGGACUCUCAUAUCGAACGAUUGAGUGA